UUUUUUCCUCUUCUCCAAGGAAUCUGGAAAAAUCAACUCUUUUUCUCUCUGCUUUUCUCAAUCCCUGAAAAUCUUAGUUUCCUAUUGAAACCAGAGAUUCGAUCGAGUUCUCUUAUUGAUCGAAUCUCUUCCCGAAUUUUCGGGCUUUCGCGGUAGAAACAGAAGACGCUUCUAAAUGGUCGAGGCAGAGCGCACGGAGAAUCUCUGGAUUGCUUCCGAAAUGCCGUCGUCGUCUCCGGCGGAAUCAAAAAGCCGUGAUUUUUCGACCAUUGAUUCGACUACUGUAAUAAGAGAUGUGAGAGGAUUUGGAAGCCUCGGUCCGCGAGUAGCUCCCCUGCCUCAGUUAGAGAAGGACUCGCCGGAGGAAAAGCUUGGGUUCACGGAAAGAGUUUUCUCGGCCGCCGGAGCUGCGUUUUUGUCCGCCGUUAUUCUAAAUCCUCUCGACGUUGUCAAGACUCGAUUGCAAGCUCAAGCCGCCGGAGUUUCUUACUCUCACCCACUCAGUAACGCCAUUGGCCGCAUGGCAUUUUUUGGACCAAACAUGAUGUUUGCAGACUUGAGAUGCUCUCCUUCAUGUUCACGCGCCGGUGUUCAAGGUACUGUCUCUAUUUGCCCGCCGGAUUGUUUUCAGUACAAAGGAACAUUUGAUGUCUUCACCAAGAUCAUACGACAGGAGGGCAUGGCACGCCUGUGGAGAGGGACUAAUGCUGGUCUUGCCUUAGCUGUGCCCAUGGUUGGUAUUUAUCUACCGUUCUAUGAUAUGUUUCGCAACCGGUUGGAAGAAUUAUCUCGGGACAAUUUGCCUGCUGCGACAAUAGGUGUGCCUCUUGUGGCAGGGGCACUAGCGCGGUCCUUAGCUUGUACAGUUUGCUAUCCUAUUGAACUUGCAAGAACGCGUAUGCAGGCAUAUAAAACAGCAAAAGGCGGUAUGAAGCCUCCGGGAGUUCUUAAAACUCUAGUUGGUGUAGUCUCUGAAGUCAGGACAGCGAAUAACCUUGAAAGUAGUUUGCACAGCUAUCGUAUUCUCUGGAGAGGCUUGGGUGCACAGCUUGCUCGUGAUGUUCCAUUCUCAGCAAUCUGCUGGGCGACCCUUGAGCCAAUGAGAAGGAGGCUUCUUGGAAUUGUGGGCAAUGAUACAAACGCUAUUGGUGUUCUUGGUGCAAACUUUUCCGCUGGUUUUGUAGCUGGAAGUAUCGCUGCUGCUGCUACUUGUCCUCUUGACGUUGCAAGAACUAGAAGACAGAUAGAGAAGGACCCUGGUAGGGCAAUGAGAAUGACGACGCGACAGACACUCGUAGAGGUUUGGAGGGAUGGAGGGAUGAGAGGACUGUUCAUGGGAAUGGGUCCACGAGUGGCGCGUGCAGGACCAUCUGUAGGGAUUGUGGUUUCCUUCUACGAGGUUGUCAAGUAUGCUCUGCAUCGCCAAUACGCUUCAUCAUGACCCAACAAAGUCUCUAAUCACCUACGCAUGAAUGUGGAUACUGGAUACGGCUUUAGGUUAUAGUUAUUUUUCUUAACUCCAACAUAAUAAUAAGUUAAACAGACUCAAUCCGAUUUUGUUCAGUUAUAAAAUUACCAGGUGUUCUAAAUUUU